AUGGGGUGGAGAGAAUCUCCCAACAAGAUUGGCUCACUGCCUGAGAUUCCCCCUCUCCGCCUCCCCGGUAUCCUGCCACAAGAACUUGCGUGUCGAGAAGUCAGACAAAACUUUCCACUAGCGACCAGAGGGACUGGGGCAGCUCCUCCGGGCAGCGCUGCCUUUGAUUUCUCCAGGCAGCCGCGGGCGGAGGCUAACACCUGCCAGCUCUUAGGGCGCAAGAUGUCCACAGCCAGUCCGAUCCCUAGGUUGACCCAGGGUGGCCAGAUGUUGCCCUUGGAUUAUCAUCUGUGGUCGCCACCGCCGGAGCCUAAAUCGCUAUUACUGGUAGACGUGUCACUUUCCCUCCCAAUCGGUGGCCGCAGGAGCCAAGACCGCGCCCUUCAGGUCAGGACACCCCAGUGCCACACCGACUGCAUUGAGGCCCCCCUGUCGCGGCUGUUCCGAAGGCUGGGUAGCCUGGUGGGCAGGUACCCCUGGGUCUUCCUACUGCUGCCGGUGCUGCUGUCGGCCGGCCUGGGAAGUGGUUUUAUGUUCCUGGCCGAGCGCAAAACGAACAACAUCGAGGAGCAGUUCACGCCCGUUGGGGGCCCGGCGAAGGGAGAGAGGAGCCUGGCCCAGGAGCAUUUCCCCACCAACGACUCCCAGCGCUUUUCGGCGACCCGCCUCACGACAGAGGGCUCGUUCGCCUCGCUCCUGGUGGUCAACACCUCGGGCUCGUUGCUGACACCUUCGGUUUGGAAGCAGGUCAGGUUGCUGGACACCUACGUGAAGAGCCUCAGUGUGAAGGACGCAGAAGGGGUCUCCAUCACCUACAAGAACCAGUGUGCCGGGACGCCCUCUGAGUGCAGCCUCCCCAACCCACUCCUACAAUUUCAGGAUCUCCCCACGAACCUCACGUUCCCCAUCCUGCUGGUAAAUAGCAGGCAGCCGGUCUUUCUGGGCAGCGUGGUCGGAGGCGUGGAGCUCGGGGCCGGGACGAGCCAGAUGAGGAGUCUGGAGAAGGCUAAGGCUUUGAGGCUGGUGUAUUACCUGCGCGAAGACUCCGCGCUGGACCGUGAAAAGAGCCGCGAAUGGCUGGACGCUUUCCUCCAGAAUUUCUCGUCUGUGGGGCAGAACCUGCAGGUGGAGAACUUGGAGGUGUUCUACUUUACAUCUCUAUCCAGGCAGAAGGAAUUUGAAGGAAACGUGGAGGAAGUUAUUCCAUUGUUUUCUGUCUCUUAUUUUCUCAUCAUAUUCUUCUCAAUUGUCUCAUGUUACAGGAUGAACCACAUGAUCAGCAAAAUGUGGGUGGCAGCAUUUGGAGUCAUUUCAGCUGGUUUAGCAGUGGUGAGCAGCUUUGGCCUCUUGCUGUAUUGUGGGAUGCCAUAUGUUCUGACAGUUUCCAAUGCACCAUUUCUUAUUCUAGGAGUUGGUGUUGAUGACAUGUUCAUCAUGGUUUCUGCCUGGCAACGAACCAAACUCAUACAUAGUGUUGAAGAGAGGCUGGCUGACACCUACGCGGAGGCAGCAGUGUCCAUUACAAUCACCACACUGACUGAUGUCCUCGCCUUCUAUAUUGGGACCAUGACUUCUUUCAAAUCUGUGCAGGCCUUUUGUAUCUACACUGGAACAACGCUUCUUUUUUGUUUUAUAUAUAACAUUACCUGUUUUGGAGCGUUUCUUGCCCUCAAUGGUAAAGUUGAAGUCUAUCUGAGCCAAUUUGCCUUUCAACAGGAACAGGGCAGAUAUUCAGUUGCAAAAAAGAUUCUCUGUAGAAAAAGCUUUUAUAUCUCACCAAAUGGUGAAGAAGAAAUUCAUGCAAUGAAUGUAUUUUUUAGAAAGUAUUAUGGCCCCUUGCUCACCAACGUCUGGUCUAAGUUGUUUGUGCUGCUGCUUUAUGCUGGCUACCUGGCUGCUAGUAUCUAUGGGUGUUUCCAAAUCCAGGAAGGUAUAGACCUUCGAAACCUGGCCAACGAUAACUCUUAUAUUGUUCCUUAUUAUACUAUGGAGAAGGAAUAUUUUUCAGAAUUUGGUCCCAGGAUCAUGGUUCUUGUCACUAAAUCUAUACCAUAUUGGGAUGAACUCACUCGAAACUAUUUGGACAAUUGUAUAGAAUCAUUAGAAAAUAGUCAGUAUAUGGAUAAAACUUUCUCAGAUUCUUGGUUAAGCUCAUAUGAGUCAUAUUUAAAAGAUAGAAACCAAGAUAUAAAUGAUAGGACUAUUUUUUUCAGAGACUUAGAUCAAUUUUUAAAGAACUUUCCAGAGUACAGGUGGGACAUUCAAGUUAAUAGCACUGCAAAAGAAAUAUUGUCUUCAAGGUUCUUCAUUCAGUCAGUAAAUGUCAGUACUGCAGUAAGUGAAAAGAUGAUGUUAAACCAACUAAGAAGUACUGCUUCACAGUGUGACAUUUCCCUUGCUGUGUAUCACCCGGCAUUUAUCUAUUAUGAUCAGUAUUCUGUGAUCGUAGACAACACUAUUCAAAAUGUUGUUGUUGCAGCUGGUGCCAUGUUGGUUAUUUCUUUAUUGUUCAUUCCCAAUCCACUGUGUUCUUUGUGGGUGACCUUUGCUAUUGCAUCGGUGAUUGUGGGCGUGGCAGGUUUCAUGUCAUAUUGGGAUGUCAAUCUGGAUUCCAUAUCCAUGAUCAACUUGAUCAUUUGUAUUGGGUUUUCUGUAGACUUUUCCGCUCAUAUUUCCUAUGCAUUUGUUUCCAGUGACGGAACGAGUGCCAACCAAAAAGUUAUUGAGGCAUUGGAUCUUCUGGGCUACCCAGUGGUACAAGGUGCUGCUUCUACCAUUAUAGGGGUGGUUGCCUUAGCUGCAGCAAAUGCUUACAUCUUUAGGACCUUCUUCAAGAUCAUGUUUCUGGUCAUCAUGUUUGGGGCUGCUCAUGGCCUCAUCUUCAUUCCAGUGUUUUUAACCUUUUUUGGAAUUUGUAGUAGAGCCCAUGAAGAGACUCCUUGUAGAGAUCCUGACUGUCCUUAA